AUGCCCGUGUCUAAUCGACUAAUCUGGUGCUCCGCCGGCAGGGUUCCAGUGGGAUCGGCAGUGGGUGGUGGUGAACGCCAAAGGGAGAGCGUACACCCAGCGGGUGGAGCCCAAGCUCGAUCUGGUCCAGAGGACACUCCGAAAGACAUAAUUCUUAUUCACACCUCUCAAAUUCUUGCAAUUAUCAGAGCACCUGGAAUGGACACAUUGAAGAUACCUCUAGCAGCCAAACACUCCACAAUCGAUGACGUCUCUGUGUGGGAGUGGUCUGGCUCUGCGUUCAUUACAAGAACAAGCACUGUAAUAAAAGCACAACAUUCGCAUCAAGGAAGAGGAGGAGCCACAAUACAGGUCGAACUGAGGGAUGUUGACACUGGAAACAAAAUAACAGAAAGAUUUCAUACUGAUGAGGCCCUUGAGAGUCUCUGCUUGACAUAUGAAAAUCAGUCAGCCAUGAAGAGGGAAGACACAAAAUGGCAAGCAGAAAGGGAUGUUUGGUGGCAGGAUGUUGUGACCAAAUUUCCAACCAAAUGUGAUGUGGAAUGGGUGGAUGCAGAGGAUCCAUUGUUCCUUUUGUACACAAGUGGCAGCACAGGGAUGCCAAAGGGUGUGUUGCAUACUUCUGGGGGCUACAUGGUGUACACUGCAACAACCUUUAAGUACGCAUUUGACUACAAGCCAACUAACAUAUACUGGUAG